AUGUUUAAUGCUGCAAUGAACUUUACAAGGGCCCUUGACUUAAAAAUUCAAUCCGUGAUUGUUGUUGACAAGUCAGGCAAAGGCAAUUUCAAGACCAUUCAAGCAGCCAUCGACUCAGUUCCACUUAACAACAACAAAUGGGUUAAGAUUCAAGUCAACCCUGGUGAAUACAGAGAAAUGGUGACGAUCCCGUCAACAAAAUCAUUCAUUUAUCUACAAGGGGGUUCCCGCAGUACGACGGUUAUCACUUUCAAUGGACAUCAACAAACAAAUACUAGCGCUACAUUUAAUUCAAUGGCUGAUAACAUUAUUGCAAGAGGCAUUACCUUUGAGAACUCCUUCAACCUGGCAAAUGCACCGCAACUGUUUGAUAAAAUUACUGGAACUUUCUUUACACAAGCAUUAGCUGCAAGAAUCUACGGUGACAAAUCGGCUUUUAUCAGCUGUGGAUUCAAAGGGUUUCAAGACACAUUAUGGGAUGUAAAAGGCCGCCACUAUUUCAAAAGUUGUUACAUUGAAGGUGCCAUAGAUUUCAUCUUUGGUAAUGGUCAAUCAAUUUAUGAGGGCUGCUUGAUAUAUGUUAAUGUUGGACUUCUCCCUGAAGUCAACCAAGGAUACAUUACUGCACAAGGUCGACAAUCCGCAAACGAUCCAAGCGGAUUUGUAUUUCAACAGUGCACCAUAACGGGGUCGGGCAAAGGUUUUUUGGGGAGAGCAUACGGUCCUUUUUCAAGAGUUAUAUUCAAAGAUACGAACAUGGGGAAGGUCGUAGCACCAGAGGGAUGGGAUGCCUGGCACUUUAAGGGCCAAGAGACAAAUUUUGUGUACAUCGAGUCCAAUAGUAGGGGGAUAGGAUCUUCCCCUUCCAAAAGGGUUCCAUGGGCAAUGACGCAGGGAAACUCACAACUAAGCGGCUACUCUGUGAAAUCCUUCAUUAACCAAGAUGGGUGGAUUCCCAAUUUCCUUUGA